UGUCUAUGUGCCUGCUUACUGUGUCACAUUUGUAAACACUCUGCAUUUCAACUUGAAAAUGUUGUUGUUACUCUUAUACAUACAAUGCACGUUCUCCAGUAAUGUUUCCUUCUGCUGUUGUUUCUGUUUGUGAACCUUACACUUCUAUAGCAGAUGCAUUUAUUAGACCUUCAGUCACUGAAAACUAGAAACAUUGUCCAGUACAUGAUAGCAUUAUCUUUUUUAAUGAAUGAACAGUUUUAACCUCUUGAAGGCAGUGCAACAAGCUCAAAUCUCCUCUUGCAGCUGUUUGCAGAACAUAUAUAUUAUUCAUCAAUAUCUAAAAUAAUUAGGGCUAACGAAGUACUAAAUAUUAAACCAAAAGAAUUUAAAGCAACAUAAUAAUUGUUAGACAGCUUUUUAUGAAAAGAUUUGAAGCAGGACUCAGGUUUUACUGACAUCACAAUCUCAAUCUCCUUACACAGACUAAAGGUUUGGUUAUUCAAAUUAAAAUCUCUGCAGUUCUUGAAUGCUAAGAGCUAUAGUUUUCAAAGAAUAAUACAUAAAUAAAAAUCUGUUACAGUUAUACUGAAGCAACUGUACAGAGACACAAACAAAACCAUUGUCUUUGACCAUACUGUACCUAAAAUGUAUUUACAUUUUCAACUGAAAGGAGGUAAUAAGUAAUGCAUUCAUGCACUGUAAUACAUAUAUAAUGUAUUCACACAUAUAUACCUAUAUAGGUGAUCAUAUAUAAAAUAAGUCCUGUGCUUUGUCUUUUGUAAAGGUUAGUGCUGGAAAGUCGGCAUAAGGACACAGAACAAUCUGGCAAUGAAGGUGGUGAAAACUGAGGCCUACAGUAAAUACAAAAUCAACGAUUAAUUGAAAACAGAUGGUAAAACAUGACUGGGCAGGAUCAGAAACAGGCAGACUGAACACAAAACAGGAAGUACCAAAGUAAGACAGGAAAUGGACAUGAAUAUUACACCUGAACCUGUAUCCAAGAAAGUGGGUCAAAACAAAACAAGGCUAACACCCAAAGGAACACAAGGACUAGGAAAACCUAAAAGGAGUCUGUGAAAUAUGUCCAUAUCAGGGAAAACACAACACAGUCCAAACACCCCUCUCAAGCAGGACCAGGAACCGGCAAGCUGCAACUCGGUUUAGAUGGUUUGGUGACCCUGAACACAGGAACCAGGGAGCUGAACAGUGCUGAGGCGGAGUGGUGUUCAGGAACCCUUGAGAGAGCCUCUGCAGGUGCACAAGUCAAGGGAACAAGCUGACCAGCCAAGGACCUGCCACCACAAACCCCGGGGUAAACACCUGCAAAGGAACAGAAAACAAAGGACACAGGGACCUCCAGAGGCGAGGUCCCCUCUGGACCACCAGGAACUGAAGCAGGUGUGGCUACCAGCAGACCGCCAGGGACCGAGGCAGGUGUGAUCCUCAGCGGACCGCCGAAAACACCGGGGGAAACACCUGCAAACAUGAGAGCAAAGGGCACAGGGACGGAAGUAGGCGUGGUUAUCUCCGGACAACCAGGAACCGAGGCUGAUAAAAAAACAAAGGACACAGAGACUGCGGCAGGCGAGGUCCCCUCUGGACCACAAGGAACUGAGGCCGAUGUGGCCAUCAGCAGACCGCUGAGAACCUAGACAGGUGUGGUCAUCAGUGGACCGCCAUGGACCGAGGCAGGUGUGGUCGUCAGCGGACCGCCAAGAGCUCCGGAGGGAACACCUGCAGACAUGAGAGCAGAGAGCACAGGGACCAAAGCAAGCGUGGUCAUCUCCGGACAAGCAGGAACUGAGGCUGAUGUGGUCUCCUCCGGACCACCAGGAACUGAGGCUGGUGUUGACUCCUCUGGACAACCAGGGGACAAGGCUGGCAUGGUCUCUUCCGAUCCCCCACAGGAAACAGAGUUAGAAAGCAUCCUCUCGGGUCAGGCAGCGGUUCAGUAGCUGAGACUGGCUUUGGUUCAGUAGCUGGGACUGGCUGCAGUUUAGUGGAUGGGACUGGCUGAGAUCAGUACACAUGUUGGGAGGGCAACAGUACAGGCAGGAAUUAGGCAAUCAGCAGAUAGUUCCAGGCAAUGGUAAAAAAUCCAAUUACAAGAGUCCAAUUACAACAGUCAGGGAGCAAGCAAGGCAGGGUCAAAGCAAGCCUUAGACUUACUGGGUUUGAGUGCUGGAAAGUCGGCAAGACACGAAACAAUCUGGCAAGGAAUGUGGUGAAAACUGAGGCUUCAAUACAUAACUAAUGCUGUUAAGACUUGACAGGCAGGAACAGAAACAGGCAGACUAAACAGAACACAGGAAGUACCAAAAUAAAACAGGAAAUGAAUAUUACACCUGAACCUGGGUCCAUGACAAUUUCUUCUCUACGUACAAUGUUCUCUCCUCCUCUGAAAAAGAGGGCAGUGAAUCAGAGGAGUUUAGCUCCAUGGUAUAACUCAGAGAUCUGCAGCCUAAAGCACAGGACCCGGCAACUAGAAAGGCAAUGCUGUUCCAACAAAAGGAAUAUAAACUGCAUAGCAUUGAAGGACAGUCUAAUUAUAUAUAAAAAGCACUUCAUGCUGCUAGAAAAACAUUUUAUUCCUCUUUAAUUGAGGAAAACAAAAACAUCUCCAGGUUGUCACAGUUUAGAUCUGCUUCUGGUUUUAUUUUGAAGGACUUCCUGACCACGAGUUUGCCUUAUCCUGAACGGUACUGUUAUAUUAGCCCACACGUUAACUAACCCUGCCUGUCCACAGAACCGAGACUGCCUGAUCCAUUGUAUAGUAAACCGUUGCUUACCUGUGAAUGACCUUGCCUGACUCUGACCCUGCCGUUCUUGAAUAAAUCCCUUUUUUACCAUCAUCCAAGAUUGUCUGUGCUGUGCAUGUGGGUCCGUCACCUACGGAGAUCUGACAGAACAAUCUGGCCAGAAAUGGACCCAGCCAGCAUCGAAAGUCUCCGUGCCGCGCUCAAAGCCCAGGAGCAGUGACUCAGUGAACAGGAGGAAAAGACAUAGCCUCACUCCAGAGGCUGGCGGAGUGUGCGCUCCGUCAGGAGAACGCCGUGGCGGGACUAGUGGAGGCAGUCAAUCGUCUCUCCCUGGGAAAUCCUGGCGGAGCCACCCCGAUCCAGGUUCCGGCACCCACAGCGCGGCGAGUGUGCCUGCGGCGGCUCCUCCGGUUUCCACCCAGGCACCAGACGCAUGCCCAGGAGCACCAUCUUGCUUCUCUAGUAAGUCUGGCAAAUGCCGGGCAUUUCUCACACACUGUGAGAUUCAUUAUGAACUGCACUCUCCUAUGAUCCCCACGGAGAGAGCCAAGGUGGUGUAUGCUAAUGUAUUUCGCACCUGACUGGGGAGGCGGAGCGUGGGCGACCGCCGAGUGGCAGAACGGUUCUCCCUGCAUGUCAUCAUUUAGAGCCUUCUCUGACGCGCUUAAGCAGAUCUUUCAAGAGAUCCCGCCCGGGAGGGAAGUGGCACAGAAGCUGGUAAACAUUCGGCAGGCCGGAAGAACCACAGCAAAGUAUGCAAUUGAAUUCAGAACCCUUGCAGCGGAGGCUAGGUGGGACGCGACCGCCUUGGGCGGCGUGUCAAGGACUGGUGGCGCGCGAUCUGCCAAGCGAUUUGAACGCUUUGAUCACGCUGGCCAUCCAGAUUGAACGGAGGAUCGUGGUGAGCCGAUUAUGUUUGGCAGUGCCCGCUCGUUACCUACGGUCACGCUUUCAUCUGUUCGCCUGUAAUGUAAGCCUGAUGGACGCUAGGCUAGUGGAGAGAAUGGGAAUCACUACCUCUCUAUUCGCAGCGCCGGUGGAGACGGCAGCGUUGGAUGGUCGCAAGCUCUGGAGAGUUACCAACCACACAGAGGCCAUUACCAUGGAGUUCGCGCACGGCCAUUCGGAGCUCAUCCAUUUCCUGGUGGUGGAGGCAUGCUAUCAUCCCGUGGUGUUUGGCCACACCUGGCUUCGAAGGCACAACCCCAGACUGAAUUGGAGAAGUGGCGAGGAGGCAGAGGGAAAGAUGGCGCCCCCAUCAUCACCUUCCCAGAGUACUCAGGCUUCAGCGAAGUGCCAGAGGAAGACUUCCUCAGUGUGGUUACUUACCUCACCAGCAUCCCCAGUCUGGAUGCUGCCAGCAUUGGAUUCAUCAUCAUCAUUGACCGGCGGAAGGACAAAUGGAACUCAGUAAAGGCAUCUCUGUCAAGGAUUGCAGGGGCAUUUCCAGGAAACCUGCUGCUGGUGUUGGUGCUCCGACCGUCCAGGUUCCUCCACAGGGCUAUGGCUGACAUUGGGAUCAAGCUGCACAAGGAUGACUUUAAAGUGAAGGUACCGAUUGUGAUGUUGAACUCUUUGUCGGACCUGCAUGACUAUGUGGAUAAAGGCCAGCUGACCCGGGAGCUCGGAGGAAGCCUGGAGUACUGUCACAGUCAGUGGAUACACCACCGAACUGCCAUUGAGAACUUCGCCAUGACAGUAAAAACCACAGCCCAGAUGUUAGAAACGUUUGGUAUAGACCUGGCAGAUACAGAGUUGCCCAAUGAUGUCCAGUCCACCAAAAACCAGCUUACAGCACACACAGAAAAACAUGACAACCUUAAGGACGAACUGAAGCUAGCUUUGAAGCAAGGAACCACUUUGCUGGGUUGCAUCAGGGAGCAGGCGGUCAAGUCAGAGAACCACAAACUCAACCCAGAUGAGAUGGAGAACCAAACCACUGUGGAAAGACUCCUGGCACAGCUGGAUGAGACAGAAAAUGCCUUUGAACAGUUCUGGUGUAAGCACCACCUGAAACUGGAACAGUGCCUGCAGCUACGUCACUUUGAAGAGGACUUCAGAGAGGUCAAAGUUUCUUUGGACAGUUUGAUGGACAGUCUAAACAGCCUGUCAGUUGAUAGUGAUUGUGUGGCUGGAGUUGAACACCUGUUAAAAGAAUUGAAAAUGCUGCAGGAAAGCAUUCAGCCCAUAUUAGAAAAGGCCCAGCUCCACGCAAUGCAUGGUGACCAGCUGAUCCAGAGCAACCACUAUGCUGUUGACUCUAUUCGACCCAAAUGUAUAGAGCUCAGGCGAGUCUGUGACAACUUCAACAACGAGACCAAGAAAAAGGUCGACAUCCUGUCUAAGUCCCUGCAGAUACAGAUGGGCAUUGACAAGGUGAACCAGUGGUGCGAGUCUGGCAUCUACCUGUUAGCAUCACAAGCAGUGGAUAAGUGUCAGUCACAGGAAGGGGCAGAGUCUGCUCUGGCCGACAUCGAAUGCUUUCUAAAGUCAGCAGAAAACAACCAACUUACUGACCUGAGAAACCUCCACAACCAGUAUGAGAUGGCACUUUCUGAGGAUAUCAAGGGCAGUGUCCUGAAGGCACUGAAGCGACUGGAGGAUGUCCAGGAGAUGUUUGAGAAGCGACACGUCAGUCUGAAGAGAUUGUCUGCCAAACAGAUGAGGCCUGUCCAGCCUGUCGCCCCACGACCCGAGUCCUCUCCAAAAAGACCACCAACCAAGACCAAGGGGUCUACGCCCACAUGGAGUCAGCACUCUGUAGCUCGUAGAGCGUCUGAUAACUCAUAUAAUGGCAAACAGGUGGUCGAUGCUGAUCCUAACAAGAAGAAGAACAUACACAAGGCAAAGGGAGGCAUUAAGAUUGAAGUGAUGCACGAGGAGAGUCAAGGAGGGUCCACCCACGUUGUUGUGAACAAUGAGACAGAAGAGAGUCUGUCCAACAGACGCAGACACAUCAUGAGUGAACUGAUUGAAACAGAGAAGCUAUAUGUAGAGGAGCUGCAAAGCAUCAUGGAGGGUUACUUUGCAGAGCUGGUCAACUCGAAACUUAGCCAUCUUAUCCCCCCUUCCCUAGAGAACAAAAGAGACGUGCUGUUUGGAAACCUGCCAGAAAUAUGUGAAUUUCACAACAAGACAUUUUUGAGGGACCUGGAGAACUGUGCAGAGAAACCAGAGGUGGUUGGAACCUGUUUCCUGAAAAGGAAAGAAGAGCUACAAAUAUAUGAGAAGUACUGUCAGAAUAAACCCCGCUCUGAAGUCCUGUGGAGACAGUGUGGAGACAGCCUUUUCUUUCAGGAAUGCCAGAAGAAAUUGGACCAUAAACUGUCCCUGGAUGCCUACCUGCUAAAACCUGUCCAGAGGAUCACCAAGUACCAGCUCAUGCUUAAGGAGAUGUUAAAAUGCAGCAAGGGUGAUGGGACAACUGAGCUGGAAGAGGCUUUAGCUACAGUGCUCAACAUCAUCAAGUCUGUCAAUGACUCCAUGCACCAAAUAGCCAUCACUGGUUUUGAGGGAAACCUAAGUGAACUGGGGAAGUUGCUGAUGCAGGGAUCCUUCAGCGUGUGGACCGACCACAAAAAAGGCCACAGUAAGGUGAAGGACCUGGCCAGGUUUAAGCCCAUGCAGAGACAUCUUUUCCUGUAUGACAAGAUAUUGCUGUUCUGUAAGAAACGAGAAGAGAACACAGAAGCACAAGACAAAACUCCAUCCUACAGUUUCAAACACAUGCUCAAGAUGAGUUCAGUGGGCAUCACAGAGAACAUCAAAGGUGAUAACAAGAAAUUUGAGGUGUGGUACAAUGGCAGAGAUGAGGUUUACAUCAUCCAGGCUCCCUCCAUGGAUGUAAAAAAUAUGUGGGUGUCAGAGAUUCGGAAAGUUCUUACAGGUCAGCUAGAGGCUUGCAGAGAAGCCAGUCAGCUCAACAUCUGCGGGGGCCCCACGAGGAAUGUGUGUAAGAUGGUGUUGACGCAGUCUUCAUCAAGUCCAGAGUCCAGCUUCAAGAGGACCAACCGCAGUCCUAUGAUGAGGCAGAAGAGAGGUAGCGGACCCACAUGCACGGCGGAGACAAAGCUCGUUGAUGCUUCCAGCAGCCAGUCAAACCACUCAGCUGCUAAUGCUAGAAAACGCUUCACGUUACAGGGCCUUUCCAACAGAAGGUCUCUCCCAGCAGAGCCCGCUGCUAAAGAGGCAGACGUCCCCCGCCGCUUCUCCCUCACCUCUUCUCUUGCAUCCUCUUCUACCUCCUCCUUUGCUAGACGACGCACAAAAGGCCCCCUGUCUGUAAGCUUAAAGAGCAAGAGACAUGAGAUUAAAAGUGAUCCCACACCCUAUGGUUAUGAAGAUACUUUGAGCGGUGCUAUGGCCACAGUCAGGAAACGUCAGAGCAUGACUAACAACAAUACCACCACUGCUGGUCGCACCUCAGGUCUUCCUAGAUCCACGUCCCAACCAGGCUGGACCCAGCGACAGAUCCCUUCCAUCGACACAGAAGACUUUGAGACAAUCCCCUCCAGCUUAGAGGAAUACUCUAACUCCUCAGAAGAAGAUGGCAACAAUAAAAAUGGUGAUACCAAUUGCUUUGGGGUGCAGCUUACCUAUGAAUCUCAGAAGGUGGACUUCUCCCAGGACAGAGGUCACCUCGUCCAGUUUCUGGAGGAUGCAGAGAAUGUACAUUGGGUGUAAUCCUUCUGGAGCAAGAAGAACUCUGUCCCAAGUCAAAAUGAAAAAAAAAACAUCCUACAAAAAGGUAAGAUUUGAUUACACAAUUACAGGAUUAAUGUAUUAAACAUGUUUUAUUGUAUUCUUUCUGUAAUGUAGCUAAUAGAAAGAAGGCAGAGGCUCGGCAGACAGGUGGGGGGCCACCACCACCUCCCCUCACCCCAUCUGAGGAGCUGGCUCUGUCCCUGAAUAAAGGGCGGCCAGUGGUCGAGGGCAUUCCUGGGGGCACUUCAUCCCACACCACCUCCCACGACAUGAGUAACUUAGUGAAAUGUAAGUUUACCACAGUAGUACCAAUUUAUGUUUUUUCUAUCUCUGUCAUUGAAUCUGCUUAACAGUAGUAUGAAGGUUUGUUUUAUUUAACUGCAUAAGCUGCAUAGGCUUCUACAAUGUUGUAAUACUCUGACUUUAUUUCAUAUUGAUCUAAUGGGUUGCAUUGUCUUGCAGUCACUGAUGGACGGAUUAUAUUAUUAAACCCUCCAGAAAGCACACAGUCUGUGACAUGUGUAAGUGAUUUGUUGCCAGGUACUGUUUUAUCGCCAGAUAAAGUAUACUUGCAUAUUCCCACUGUAGGAUGAAGAUGAAGAAACCACUUCUGCUGUAACAGAAUUGUACUCUGCUCCUAGAUCCACAGAGGUCGGAUACGUACUAUAACAUAAUGAAUGAUCCCUUUUAACAUUAGAGAGUAACAAAUUGUCAUUGUUCUUUUACAGAACAUUCCUGGGUAUUUAAAUGCAGAUGAGGGUCCAUCUACCUCCUCACAAAAUCUAAGCAGUUUGCUAGCAAAAAAGUGGUAUAAGCUCUGUCUUUAACAACAAAUGAAAAAAAUGACUUGGAGAUGGACCUUUUACAGCUUAAAAUGGAGGAGAAAAGACUGGCCUUCAAAAAGGCUAAAGUCGAAAUCGAAAUCCUGGAGCAUCGCCUUAAGGACAUGAAGAAAUGGAGAGCACUUUUGGUGCAGAAUUGAUUCUGAUAAAUCAGUCUAAAUCUGUUCACUGCUGGAUCCUCUUGCUCAUCCUCAGCAGGACAAGGAGGGUGGCUCUGUCCUCUUAUCGUGGCAAUGUUGUGAAGGACCACACAAGCCACUAUAAUGUCACAUGCCCUCUCUGAACUGACCCUGAGGCCACGUAGACACUGGAACCUCGCCUUCAGGAUGCCUUUAGUCAACUUCACCUUGGCCCGUGUUGUGCUGUGGGCCCGUUUGAACCGUGUCUGUGGUCCAGGCUCAGGUUCAGGGUAGGGUGUCAUUAAAUAGGGCAGACAAAGGGAACCCUCUGUCCCCCAGCAAGUAGCUAUUGUAGUGUCCUGUAAUGAUUGAAAUGUGUCAAACAAUAAAACAAUACAGUAAAAACAUGAAUUUGUGAAAAUUACAA